AUUCUUGACGGUGAUGGAACGAGAGGAUUCCUUCCUUAUGAAGCGUAUGUUCGACGUGUUUGACACCGACAAAAGUGGCACUCUCGAACUGAAAGAAUUCAUAGUGGGAAUGUCCAAUUACACUGGAACCAAUCAAAUGAGCAAGCUACGAUUCGCCUUUCUAAUGUUCGAUACGGACCAGUCGGGUUUCAUCGAGCUCAGCGAACUCAAGAACAUCAUCAG